AUUAAUGCUGGAUUGUACCUCCUUUCUCCGUCCGUUCUCAAUCGAAUAUCUGUGCGUCCAACAUCGAUCGAGAAAGAAAUUUUCCCGGAAAUGGCGAAAGCUGGAGAAUUGUAUGCGUUUGUUUUGCCGGGAUUUUGGAUGGAUGUCGGUCAGCCGAAGGAUUUUUUGACUGGUUUGAACUUCUACAAAAUCUUUCUGUUAGGCCAAAUCAGCAUUCAUUGGGGCGGGUUGCGAAUAGUGACUUUCAUCAUAGGUAUGCGUUUGUAUUUGAAACAUCUCCGAAACAAGUUUCCGUGGAUGCUUGCUCAGGGUGAUUAUAUACAGGGCAAUGUAAUUGUCGAUGAAAGUGCAGUGAUCGGCCGCGAUUGCAGGAUAGGGCCCAAUGUUGUGAUCGGACCUCGUGUGCGCGUUGAAAAUGGCGUCUGCCUACGUCAGUGUACGGUGUUGUCGGAUAGCGUAUUGAGCUCCCAUUCAUGGGUCAAUAGCAGCAUUGUCGGGAGAAAGUGUUCGAUCGGUAAAUGGGUACGUAUUGAAAAUACAUGUGUCAUUGGGGACGAUGUCGUUGUAAAUGAUGAGCUCUAUCUGAAUGGGGCGAGGGUUCUGCCACAUAAAGCAAUUACGACGAACGUUCCCGAGCCGGACAUCAUCAUGUGA